GAGGAGAGCUGCCUCCCAUGUUCCAACUGCCCAACACAGAAGAGAUUGAUCUGAAGAGAACCCCUUCAUGGUAAAAGGCGGCCCAUCCACCUUGAAGGAGAGAUGAAUGAUAAGACAAACCCAAAGCUCAACAUGGCAUUGAAGAAGAUUCAGGUGGUGAGGGGUCUGGAGGAUCUAGAACUGCUGGAAACAGAGUCCUGCUCAUUCGAGGUGACUCUCAGCCAUGGGUACGUGGACGGCUCCUGGACCAAGGAUGGCACCCGGCUCAAGUCCAAGCCCAACUGCCGCAUCAGUACCCAGGGCAAGAGACACAUCCUAACCCUCACCCGGGUCUCCCUGGGAGACACAGGCGUGUUCUCUUUCCAAGCAGAGGGUAUUCAAACAUCUGCUAGACUUGUGGUCAGAGCCAGGGAUAUCAGAAUACUGAGGGAUCUAUUGGAUGCAGAUGUGACUGAGAGAGAGAGUGUAUCUUUUGUGUGUGAGGUCAACCUGGAGGAUGUAGCUGGACAGUGGUACAUCAACAACAGCAGACUGAAAGCCAGAGACAAUGUCAAAGUUAAACACGAGGGGAAAAAGCAUACGCUCAUCAUUAAGUCUGUUAAACCGGAAGAUGCUGGUGAAAUCAAGUUCACUGCAGAGAGUGCAUCUUCAACUGCCACACUAAGUGUUGAAGAACUCCCAGUUCAGAUCAUCAAGCCGCUGAAGGUGAAGAUUGCCAUGUACAAGCACCGAGGCCUCCUGGAGUGCCAGGUGUCUCGUGCCAGUGCCCAGGUCAAAUGGUACAAGAAUAACCGCGAGAUCGCUGCAGGCCAGAAGUUCCAGAUCCACAGUGAUGACGUGUACCGGCAGCUGAUCAUAGAGGAUGUGGCCUCCUCUGACGAGGACACCUACACCUGCGAUGCUGGUGAUGAUAAGACGUCAUGUCAGCUACUGGUGGAGGAGCAGGCCAUCAGCAUAGUGCGAGGGCUCACCUCGGUUGUGGUGAUAGAACCAAAAGAGGCCAAGUUCCGUGUGGAGACCAGCAUAAAGUCAGUGCGGCCCCCGAAGUGGACCCUGAACGGGCAGGUUCUGGUGGACAGCCAGGAGGUGCGGAUCGAGAAGGAGGGCACCAUACAUUGGCUCAUCUUCACGUCCACCAACAGCACCAUGUCCGGUCCUGUGCAGUUCACCUUUGGCAAGAGCAAAUCCACUGCACAGCUUACAGUCAAAGAGCGCCCAUUGGCUGUUGUCCAGCCACUUGAAGAUACAACCACCAAAGAACACGGCUCAAUCACUCUGAGCUGCGGCUUUAACCCCUCUCCCCGCCUGGUACGCUGGUUCAAGGGGAAGAACCUGCUGUCGGACUCGGGGAAAUACAGCAUAAAAAGAGAAAAGAACCGGGCUGAGCUGACUAUUCAGAACCUAAGAGGAGCGGACUCAGGAGAGUACCGCUGCCUGGCAGGAGGGUCAGAGAGCAAGGGCAUCCUCACUGUGGAAGUACGCAGACUUCAGAUCAUAAAACACCUGGAGCAUGUGGAGGUAGAGGAGGAUGCCAACGCGACGUUUACAUGCGAGCUGAACUACGAGGUACCCAGUGUGCAGUGGAUCCUCAACGACCGGAUCCUCCACACAAACAACAUCCACAAGAUAAACAGCACCGGGAAGAUCCACAGCCUCACCCUCAGGCGGCUGUCCCCGCAGCAGAGCAGGGUGACCUUUAAAGCCCCCGGGGUCAGUGAAGCAGCCAUACUGAAGGUCAAAGAGAGGCCAGCUGUCUUUCUCAGGUCCCUGGAGGACAUGUCUGGGGAGGAGCGGAGCGACAUCUGUCUGACGUGCGAGGCCUCCAAACCCAAUGUGGUGCCCACCUGGAGGAAAGAUGAGAUUGUCCUAGAGGCCAGUGAGAAGUAUGAGAUACUUCAGUCUGGAGGAUCCCUGGCCCUUAUCAUUCACAAUCUGUGCAAGGAUGACGCAGGGGAGUAUGUCUGUGACCUGGGCACCAGCCAGACUAAAGCCACUGUCACUGUUCAUGAUCUUCACAUUACCAUUGCCAAACGGCUGAAGACAACAUCAGUCCUUGUAGGGGACAACUGCAGCUUUGAAUGUGUGUUGUCGCACGAGCUGCUGGAGGAAGCCUUCUGGUUUCUGAAUGGUCAGCUCGUGGUCAGCAAUGGCAGGAUGCUACUCUCCAGCAACGGCCGGAGGCACAAAAUGAACAUCGAUGAAGUCGCUAUCUCAGACGCUGGUGAUAUCAUCUUCACCAUCAAAGACCUCAGCUGCCAGACUGUGUUGUUUGUCCAAGAGAAGCCCGUAAGGGUGUUCCGGGACAUGCUCAACUUGCGGGUCACCCCAGGGGAGGACGCCGAGCUGAGUUGCGAGAUCACUAGACCCGAGACGUCCAUCAAGUGGUUGAAAAAUGGCCACGUCAUCCGAGAGAGUCCCAAGUACGAGAUCUCCCAGAAGGAUCACCUGGUGAAACUGAUCAUACGCAACGCCACUCUGAUGGACUCUGGAGAGUACUGCUGUGAAGCUGAAGGGAUCGCAACCAGGGCCAAGCUAGUGGUCAAAGACCUUCAGCACACGUUUGCUAAGGAGCUGCGGGACACACGCGCUGAGGAGAAGAGCAUGGUGAUCCUGGAAUGUGAGACCAAGCAGCCGGCCACCAAGGUGACCUGGCUCAAGGGCAUGAUGGUUAUCAGCACGGGCUCCAAGUACCUGACCAAGCAGAAGGGGGUCUAUCUCUCCCUGACCAUCUUCAACCUGGAGUGGAGCGAUGAAGAUGUGUACACGUGUGACGUUGGCACCAUGCAGUCCAAGGCCCAGCUGACCGUGCAUGGUCGGAAGGUCCUGAUUUUGGAUGAACUGGAGGACAUUGAGUGUUUGGAGGGGGAUACGGCCAUGCUCAGGUGUCGCAUCUGCCCGAGCGACUUCAUCGAGGUGAAAUGGUACCUCGACGAGACGCAGCUGUACACGAACGACCUUAAUGAGAUCCAGGUGAAUCCGGGAGGGUAUCACUCUCUCGCCAUCAAGCGGCUUGCCAGGAAAGACUCAGGCACCAUCUCUUUCGUGGCGGGAGACAAGCGAUCAUAUGCCUCGCUGCUCGUCAGAGAGAGGAGGCCCACGAUCCUACGGCCUUUGGAGGACACAGAGGCGAUUGAGGGAGGAACUCUGGUUCUGUCGUGUAGGACGUCAAAACCGUGCCACAUCCUGUGGUAUAAAGACGGAUUCCUGGUGUGGAACUCCUCCAGGUUCUGGACCAGCCGGUCAGGGAACGAGGCCAGGCUCACUAUCCGGGAGGUGAUUGAUACUGACGCUGGGGUUUAUGAGUGUGAUGCUGGAGCAGUACGCACUAAGGCCAAAGUCACAGUGAAAGCUGUGCCUGCUGAGUUUACCCGUAAGCUCGAGGAUGUGGACGGCAAAGAGGGGCAGAGUGUCACACUGUCCUGUGAGUUCUCCCUGCCUGGCGUGGUCUACAUCUGGAGAAGAGGAGCGGAGACGCUGAGAGCAGGAGAUAAAUAUCAGAUGAAGCAGAAGAAGUUCGCCAUCCUGCUCACAAUCAAUGAUCUUAAGGUUCAUGACAGUGGAGAUUACAGUUGUGUGUGCCGGGACCAAAAGACGACCGCUAGCCUGAUAGUAAAUGCCAUUCCAAUAUCUUUCCGACGAGAGCUGCGUAACCAGGAGGUGGAGGAGGGCCGGAGCGUGACCCUGCGCUGUGAGCUCUCCAAGCCUGGGGCACCGUUUGAGUGGAAGAAGGGGGCAGAGAGGCUGACCAGUGAGGGACCGUACCAGAUCAAACAGAGGGAUCUAAUGGUGGAGCUGAUCAUUAAGAAAGCCCUGGUGCAGCACAGUGGCAUGUACAGUUGUGUGUGUGGAGACCAUAUAACCACAGCCACACUCAAAGUUAAUGCUCAGCCGGUGACCUUCAGGCAGAAGCUGCGGAGCGUGGUGGUGGAGGAGGGCAGUACAGUGAGUCUGCGCUGUGAGCUAUCCAAGGCCGGCGCCUCAGUGGAGUGGAGGAGAGGAGAGGCACUCCUCUGGAGCGGGGACAAAUACCACAUGAAGCAGAGGGACAUUGUGGUGGAGAUGAAGAUCCUCAAUGCCACACUGGCCGACAGUGGACUUUACAGCUGCAUCUGUGGCUAUCAGAAGACCACUGCCACUGUAACAGUGAAUAUCAUUCAGGUCACCUUUAAGGAAAAGCUAAAGGAUCAGACGAUUGAGGAAGGCAACAAUCUGACCCUGCGCUGUGAGCUCUCUAAGGCAGGAGUCCCAGUAGAGUGGAGGAAGGGUGGAGAGCUCAUCGAACCCGGAGAGAGGUUUCAGAUGAGGCUCAGACAAGCCACGGCCGAGCUCUUCAUCUUCGAGGCCGUCCCCGAGGACAGUGGUGUCUACAGCUGUGUGUAUGCUGAACAGAAGACAAAGGCCACCAUCAAAGUCACUGGUGUACCUGCCACGUUCAUCCAGUCCCUGAAGCACCAGGAGGUGUUGGAAGGAGGCGAAGUGGUGUUCCGCUGUGAAAUCUCCAAAGCUGGAGUCCCAGUCGAGUGGUACCGAGGGGACAUGGGGAUCCAGGCCGGGCCAAAGUACCAGAUGAAGCAUGACGGAAGGUUUGCUGAGCUCCAGAUUAGAGACCUGCAGCCUGAGGACGCUGGGCCGUUUAGCUGUGUGACAGGGGGACAGAAAACCACAGCUGAAGUCAAAGUGAACGCGCAUCCGGUAACGUUCAACCGAGAGCCUCAGGACCAGACAGCAAAGGAAGGGGACAGUGCCGUGUUCAGCUGCGAGAUCUCCAAACCUGGAGCUCCAGUGGAGUGGAGGAGAGGCAGACUGAUUCUGAAGUCGGGGGAGAAAUAUGAGAUCAGACAGGAUGGAAAGUACAAUAAGCUGGUGGUGCGGAAGGUGGAGGAGAGCGACGCCGGCAGAUACACCUGCAAGACUAAAGAUGCCCAGGUCGGGGCAGAGCUCAAUGUGAAAGCUCUUCCUCCUACGUUCAUAAAAGAGCUGAAGAACCUUGAGGCUGAAGAAGGCAACAGCGUGAUGUUACGUUGUGAGCUCUCCAAACCCGGCACGUCGGUGGAGUGGCGUAAGGGAGCGGAGCUGCUGCGGACCGGCGAGAAGUAUCAGACGAGGCAGAGAGAGGGCGUGGUGGAGCUGUUGAUCAGGAAAGCCCUUCCAGAAGACAGUGGCGUCUAUACCUGCAUCUGCAAAGAGCAGAAAACAGCAGCCAUCGUGUCCAUAACUGCAACCCCUGUGACAUUUAAGCAAAAUCUGAAGAAUCAAGAGGCCGUGGAAGGGUACACCAUCACCUUGAGAUGUGAGAUGUCCAAAACUGGAGUUAUGGUCAAAUGGAGGAAGGAGAAUGAAUUGCUGACUGCAGGAGUGAAGUAUGAGAUGAAGAGAGAAGGGAAGAUUGUGGAGUUGCUCAUAAACGAUGUGUCUUUGGAGGACACUGGCAUAUACAGCUGCUCAGUAGGGGACCUGAAGACUACGGCAGAAGUGAAAGUGAGAGCUCUUCCUGUGACCUUCAAGCGAGAACUUCAGGACCAGGCCUCGAAGGAGGGCGACACCGUGGUCUUCAGGUGUGAGCUGUCCAAGCCUGGCGCUCCCAUCGAGUGGAGGAAGGGACGAGUGGUCCUGAUGCACGGGGACAAAUACGAGAUGAAACAGGAAGGCAAAUUCACCAAGCUGGUGAUAUCCAGUGUAGAGGAGAGUGAUGCUGGGAAGUACAUGUGCAAAAGCAAAGACUCUGAGUCAAGCGCUGAGCUCACUGUGAAAGUUCCCCCCAUCACUUUCAAAAAGAAGCUGGCUAACCAGGAGGUUGAGGAAGGAAACAGUAUCACGUUGAGCUGCAUGCUGUCGAAACCAGGCAUCCCAGUAGAGUGGAGAAAGGGAGAUGAGGUCCUCAAGUCUGGGCAAACCUACCAAAUCAUACAGAAAGACGCAACCAUGGAACUCUUCAUAAAGAAGGCACAGAAGGAAGACAGUGGUGUCUACAGCUGUGUGUGUGGAGACCAGAAAACCAAGGCCACCAUUAAAAUAUUUGCGAUUCCUGUGACGUUCAAGCAAAGUCUGAAGAACCAGGAGGCCUCGGAGGGAGGAGUGGUGAUCCUGAGGUGUGAGCUCUCCAAGGCCGGCGUCUCGGUGGAGUGGUGGAAAGGCGAAGACGAGAUCCUGCCCAGUACCAAGUACGCGAUUAAAUACGAGGGUCAAUUCGCUGAGCUGCAAAUCAACAACGUGAAACCCAAGGAUGUUGGGGAGUACAGCUGUGUGAUUGGAGAGAUGAGGACCACUGCAGAAGUAAAUGUCAGGGCGGCUGCCUCUGUGUACUUUGAGAAGGAGCUGGAGGACCUGGAGGCCACUGAAGGAGAGUCUGUCACCCUAACUUGUGAGCUCUCAAAUCCCAACGCUCCAGUGAUCUGGAAGAAGGACGCUGAAAUGCUCAGCCAAGGGGCUAGGGUCUCCCUAGAGCAACAGGGCAACACUCAUGUGUUGGAGAUCCGCCGGGUGAGGCCAGAGGAUGCCGGAGUUUACACCUGUAACACGCGAGGCAAGGUGACCAGUGCGAAACUUAAGGUGAAAGAAAAUGUGAAGAUAGUGUCAGGGCUACGCGACCUGAGUGUCACAGCUGGAGAGGACGCCCACUUCGUGUGUGAGGUUUCCCAUGACGACUACGCUGAUGGCGUGUGGUGGCUGGGCUCCACCGUCCUGCAGAGGAACGAGAUGAACCAGAUGAGCUGCCGAGGCCGGGAGCAUCACCUGGUGCUCACCAGGGCCACCGCCGAGGAGGCCGGGAUCGUGGCGUUUGCCGUGGGGAAUGAGAGAACCUCAGCUCGCCUGCGUGUGCUAAGCAAACCCAAAGUCUUAAUCGAGCAGAAGUUGAAAGACACCACCAUCUUCGAGGGAGGCACGGCCACUCUAUCCUGUGUGACUUCUGACACGCGCACCCCAGUUGCCUGGAAGCGGAAAAACGUGGUUCUCUUAGCGGGAGAAAAGUAUGAGCUGCGUAAGGAAGGGAAACUGAACCUUCUGCUGAUUCACAGUGUAGAAAAAGAAGACACUGGGCUAUACACGUGUGACACUGGUGAUAUGCAGUGCAGCGCUACUCUCACUGUCAAAGAGCAUCCCCUGCGUUUCCAAGAAGAGUUACAAGGCAAGGAGGUUGAGGAAGGUGACACAGUUCUCUUAUGCUGUGAGCUCUCUAAGCCUGGCGUGCGGGUGGAAUGGAGGAAGGGUCGUGUGCUGCUGAGACCUGGUGGCAAGUACGAGAUGAAGCAGGAUGGCUGUGAGCUCCAGCUGCGUAUCCAUGACGUCAGCGCUCAGGAUAAGGGAGACUACACAUGCUCCGCUGGAGAUUUGCAAACUACUGCCAUUGUCAAAGUGAAAGAGCAUCCUCUUUUCUUCCGGGAGGAGUUGCAGAGCCAGAGGGUAGACGAGGGUGAGACAGUGGUCCUUUGCUGUGAGCUCUCUAAGCCUGGCGUGCCGGUGGAAUGGAGGAAGGGUCGGGUGCUGCUGAGACCUGGUGGCAAGUACGAGAUGAAGCAGGAUGGCUGUGAGCUCCAGCUGCGUAUCCAGGAUGUCAGCCCGCAGGAUAAGGGAGACUACACAUGCUCCGCUGGAGAUCAGCAGACCACAGGCUCACUGAGAGUAAAAGAGAAGCCCUUAUUCUUCCAGGAAGAGCUGCAGAGCCAGGAAGUAGAUGAGGGGGAGACGGUCCUCCUGUGCUGUGAGCUCUCUAAGCCUGGCGUGCGGGUGGAAUGGAGGAAGGGUCGUGUGCUGCUGAGACCUGGUGAGAAGUAUGAGAUGAAGCAGGAUGGCUGUGAGCUGCAGUUGCGUAUCCAUGACGUCAGCGCUCAGGAUAAGGGAGACUACACAUGCUCCGCUGGAGAUCAGCAGACCACAGCCCAAGUCAGAGUUAAAGAACACCCCCUGUUUUUUGAAAAAGAACUGCUGAGCCAGGAGGUUGAGGAGGGCGACACAGUUCUCUUAUGCUGUGAGCUCUCUAAGCCUGGCGUGCCGGUGGAAUGGAGGAAGGGUCGGGUGCUGCUGAGACCUGGUGGCAAGUACGAGAUGAAGCAGGAUGGCUGUGAGCUGCAGCUACGUAUCCAGGAUGUCAGCCCACAGGAUAAGGGAGACUACAAGUGUGCGGCUGGAGACCAAUACACCACAGCUUCAAUCAGGGUGAAAGAGCACCCCCUGUUCUUCCAGGGAGAGCUGCAGAGCCAGGAAGUAGAUGAGGGGGAGACGGUCCUCCUGUGCUGUGAGCUCUCUAAGCCUGGAGUGCCAGUGGAAUGGAGGAAGGGUCGGGUGCUGCUGAGACCUGGUGGCAAGUACGAGAUGAAGCAGGAUGGCUGUGAGCUGCAGCUACGUAUCCAGGAUGUCAGCCCGCAGGAUAAGGGAGACUACACAUGCGCCGCUGGAGACCAGCAGACCAAAGCCACUAUAACAGUUAAAGAGUACCCCCUCUUCUUCCAAAAAGAACUGGAGAGCCUAGAGUCAAAGGAGGGUGAAACGAUCUUCUUGAACUGUGAACUCUCUAAGCCUGGAAUUCCAGUGCAGUGGAGGAAGGGUCAGGUUUUACUAAGGCCUGGUGGCAAGUAUGAGAUGAAGCACAUUGAUUGUGAACUGCAGCUGUGUAUCCAUGAUGUAAGCCCCCAGGAUAAGGGAGACUACACAUGCUCUACUGGGGAUCAGCAGACAACUGCCUUUGUAAAAGUAAAAGAGGUGCCACUGGUCUUCCACAAAGAGCUCCAAAAUCAAGAGGCAGAGGAGGGUGACACUCUCAUUCUGUACUGUGAACUCUCUAAACCUGGAGUCACUGCACAGUGGAAGAAGGAAAACGCUCCUCUGAGGUCUGGUUUAAAGUAUGAAAUUAAGCAAAAUGGCUGUCAGCUAGAGCUACGAAUCAUUAAUAUUAACCCCCAGGAUAAAGGGUGCUACACAUGUUCUGCUGGUACUGUUCAAACCACAUCCUCUGUGGCAGUGAAAGAGGUCAGGCCUGUUCCUAAGGAUGAGCCAAAACCUAAACCAGAUACAGUUAAGCCUGGUGUACCCCCUGCUAAACCUGUGGCUAAGGCAGGGAAAGUCGAACUGGAAAAGGAGACAGUGGUAAAGCAGCCUGAAACGGAUGUCAGUGAUAAUAAAAAAGUGGAUAAAGAUCUCAGGAAGAAAACAUUAACAAGGCAAAAAGUGGAAGAUGACGGCGUGUCCAAGAUUGAAGAGAGUAACUAUGCCAAAGAGGAACCGACAGAACUAGCCCCUAAAGUGGUCUCAAGGUCUGUUGGACAGCAGAGGCAAGGUUCUGUCAGCAUUCAAGAUGAAGGCCUACGGGAGGCUGUCCUACCAAAAGAGGCGGUGAAAGAGCCCAUCAAAGAGACCACCAAAGAGACCGUCAAAGAGACAGUCAAAGAGACCGCCAAAGAGACCAUCAAAGGUGCAGAACAGCUGCCUGUUCCUCCAAAAAGGAGAAGAAGUCUCAGACCUACAGAGGUUAAACAUGAAGAGACAGCAAAAAGCAAAGAAACCAUUAAGAGUCCUAUUGAAGUGACUAAAGACACUGCUGCAAUUCAGAAAAACAAAGUAGUGGUUAGCGCAUCUACAGACAACAAAGAUGAAAUAACGGUAUCUCCUCAGGAAAGCAAGGCACACAUCAAGAGUCCUACCGAAGUGACCAAGGAACCCAGGAAAAGCGAGGAACCCACCAAAGAAAUCACUGUCACAAAAGAAAGUGCUGUUUCCAUCCAGACCAAUCAAGAAUCAGUCAAAACUGCUAAAAAGGGUAUAGAGGAAAUCACUGUCCCAGUUCGGAGAAGUGAGAUGGCUGGACAGAUAUCACAAGAAGGCCCAGGAGAAACUACUGCUCCUAUCCAGAAAAAUGGGGAACCUAGCAAAGCUGCAGCAAACACUCCAGAGGAAUACAGUGCUGCUGUACAGAAGAAAGAUGAAUCUAAUAAGACUUUAAGAAGACCUUCAGAAGGACAAAUACCUGCUGUUCAGAAGAACAACGAACCAGUUAAAACUACAACAGAAUUACCAGAGGUGCCAACUGUUCCUGUUCGAAAGAACAAAGUAUCAAUUAAAGCAGCAGCAGCACCUCCUGAACAACCUGCUGCUCUUGUAGAGACAGACAAAAAAGCAAUAACUGGCAAACAGCCUGUGGAUGGAGAACCUACUGUUCAGAAAAACAAAGAACCCAACAAAAUUGCAGCAAAAAAUACAGUGGAAUCCACAGUUCCUCUUCAUAAGAAUGGAGAACCUGUCAAACUUGCAACAGCUACAAAGGAUGAAUCCACCAUUACUGUACAGAAAAACAAAGAACCCACUAAAAUUGCAACCAGACAUCCAGAGGAAUCCAUUGUUUCUUUGCAGAAAAAUGGAGAACCCAUCAAGCCUGGAACAACGCCUAAAGAAAAUUAUAUUAUUCCUGUGCAGGAGAACAAAGAACCAACCAAAACUGGAGCAAGACAUCCAGAGGAAUCCAUUGUUUCUAUACAGAAGGAUGAAGAACCCAUCAAGCCAAGUACAACACCUAAAGAAGAAUCCAUUAUUCCUGUGCAGCAGAACAAUGAACCUAUCAAAACCGCACAACAAACUCCAGAAGAGUCUAAACCUGUUCAGAUAAACAAGCAACCCAUUGUAAUUUCAGCAGGGCACAAAGAGGAAGCUAUAAUUUCAGAGCAACAAUUGACUGAGCUUGAAGAACAGAAAGCGUCAAGCAUAGACAUAAAUGUAGAGGAGGAACCAGAGAUGCUGGAAGCAGCCAUCAAGAUCCAAGCAGUGUUCAAGGGCUACAAGACUCGCAAGGACAUGCGGCCUGUCUUCAAAGAAGUGUUCAAGAACCAAAGUGUGGAGUUAAAUGGCACCAUUCGUCUUCAGUGUAUUGCAGAGGGUAAGCCCAAUACAGUGCGUUGGUUGAAAGAUGGUGAGGAGAUCAGACCAAGCACACGCUUCCAUAUCAAGAAGCAAGAUGAUGGUUCCUGCUCACUGAUAAUUGACAAUGUAACCCAGAAGGACACAGGAAUAUACACAUGUGAAGCAGUAAACAAGUUUGGAACUAUAAGCUACAAUGGAAAUGUAACAGUUGAGACCUCUCCAAGGCCUAUUCCACAAGUUCAUGUAAAACCAGCUACUGCCUUAGUUCCUGAAAUCGGAACUGAAUCGGAACUGGAACCUGUAUCAGAACCUUUAAGACUGGAAGGAGGCUCCUUGAGGCAGGUGUAUGAUCUCCCAAAGGUUGACCAACAUGUUGGAGCCAAAGAAAAACGCAGAAGUCUUAUUUCAGCGAGCUCUGUGUCCUGUCCCUCUGAUUACGACACAGCACCAGAUGGGGCAGAAUCCCUGUCUGACUUUGGCUCCAGAGACUUCCCAAUCAAAGAAAAAGAGUUGAAGAAGGCACCAUCAGGCAGUGAGCUGCCAGAAACUACUGAAGAGCUUCCAAGCAUCGAUCUUCAACCCCAAAAGCCUUCCUCACAGCUUCAAAUCCAGGCAGGUGGUAUUGCUGUGAGCAGGAGCCCAUCUCCAAAAUACUCACCUUCCCAUAAGCCAUCUGCCAAUGAGUCCCUCUCAGAAUCUGACGGAGAGGAAGACAGAGGAGAGAUAUUUGAUAUCUAUGUGGCCAAAUGUGAUUGCAACCCCACUGGUGGUCACAAGGAGACCUUUGUGCUGAAAGAGGGGCAAUAUGUGGAGGUUCUGGACUCUGUGCAUCCCACACGUUGGUUGGUGCGCACCAAACCGACCAAAAUCACUCCAGCGCGCCAAGGCUGGGUGUCACCAGCAUACCUGGAAAAGAGGGGAAGGGAGCCAUUUUCAAUGUUAUUAGAGCCACAGCUGUAUGAGAAAGCAGGAAGGGAACCCACCAAGGAUGAAUUCAAGAACACUGUGAGUGAGCUGAUCCAGGGCCUGCUCAGUGGAGAGGAAGAGUUUGUGAGGGAGCUGAGUUUCUUCGUGUCCCACCAUCUGCGCUUUAUAGAGACCAGCUCCAAGGUGCCUCUCACCAUUUUCAGCCAGAAGGAGUACAUGUUCCGCAACAUCAAAGAGAUCACAAACUUCCAUGAGAGGUCAGUUCUUCCUAAGCUGAUGGAGUGUUCCACAGACGAUGAUGUGGCUAUGUGCUUUGUGAGCCAAGCGUCUGACUUUGAGAAGUACCUUCAAUACAUUGUGGGCCAGUCCCAAGCUGAGGCCUGCCUCAAUGAAAAGAACACUCAGCACUUCUUCCAGAAAUACCAGGAGACUGAGUUGGCACGCCGACAUACCGAGGUACUAAGUGUCAGCACUUAUUUACAGAGGCCACUGGAAAGGAUAGAGAUGUACAAGUCCCUGCUGAAGGAGCUCAUAAGGAACAAGGCCAAGUUUAAGCGAAGCUGCUGUCUGCUGGAGGAUGCAUUUUCUGUGGUGUCCAGUCUGCCCUGGCGUGCUGAGAACAUGGAACAGGUGGCCAUGAUAGAGAAUUACCCCGCCCCACUGAGUGGACUUGGAGAACCCAUUCGUCAGGGCCCGUUUACAGUGUGGGAGGAGUCACCUGGAACCAAGCUAUCAUUCCGCGGCCAACAACGUCACGUCUUCCUCUUCAAAGACUGCGUCAUCUUCUGCAAGCUCAAGAAAGACCCUGACACACACGGUGACACCUACAUAUUCAAAAACAAGAUGAAGCUGGGUGAUAUUGAGGUGAAGGAGUCUGUGGAAGGAGAUGAGCGGGCCUGGGGUUUAUGGCACGAGCACCGUGGCACUGUACGCAAGAUCACCCUGCAGUCACGCUCCGUCCUCCUCAAACUGUCCUGGCUCAAGGACCUGAGAGAGCUGCACCAGUGCAGCUGCCUCCCCUCGCGCUGUGCACCUCACUUUGACCUACUACUGGGCGACUGCACCACCAAACUCGGGCAGACAGUCAAAUUGUCCUGCAAGGUCACAGGAUCUCCUAGACCGGAAGUCACCUGGUACAAAGAUGGCCAGGCUGUUGAGGUGGAUGAGCAGCACAUGGUCUCUGAGAGCAACACUGGCUCCUGCUGUCUGGUGUUGACUGGAGUCAGCAUGGAGGACUCGGGCCAGUACAUGUGCUACGCCACCAGCUGCAUGGGGAAUGCCAGCACCCUGGCAAAGAUUGUGGUGGAUGUGCCUCCUAGCUUCAAGAUUAAACUUCAGAAUGUUCAGCUAGACAUUGGGAAGGAUGUCCAGUUCCAGUGUUCUACACUAUGCACUCCUUUACCCAGAAUAAGGUGGUUCAAAAACAGUAAGCUCUUGGAGAACCAGAAGAAGUACCAGAUUGACUGUGAGCCCCAGACUGGAGUGCUCACACUGACCAUAAAGAGGGCUGGGAAGGUAGACCUGGGGCUUUACGAGUGUGAGCUGUGGAAUAAGAUCGGAAGUGCCAAGUGCAAAGCUGAACUUUGCCGUCCACCUGCAACUCCCACAGAACCUGUCCCAGAGAAAGCUCCACCAGUCUCUGCCAAAGUCCCAGAACAGGAGACUAAAGGGCCAAACCAAGCCAUCCUCAUGUGGUCAGUAAUCAUGUCUGAUCCUGUAGAACCAGAGGCAGAAUCCGAGACCUGGUCCGGCUCCCUGGUGAAGAACUGGUUCCAGAUGGACUUGACCCCCUCUGGCAUCUGCAAAAUGCUCUUCCAGCCCGGCUACGCUGAACCAGCUACUGCAAGCACAGGGGGAGCUGGGCCCAAGCAGAAGAAGGACAUGGCUCCGAAGAAGGCUGAAACAGUGUCAAAAAAGGCUGAAACUGUGUCUAAAAAGCCUGCAGCGGUUGCUGAGACGGUUGCUGUCGCUGAAGAAGAGGAGGAAAUAGAGACAGAUCCACCCUCCAUCCAGGUUCCCAUAGAGGAUCAGUGUGUGAAACUCGGACAGCCUGCAAGUUUCACUACUAUCAUUACAGGACAGCCUCAACCAGAGAUUUACUGGCUUAAGGAUGGAAUGGAGGUGCUGCCCAGUGAGAAUGUGGAGAUGGUGUUCUUUGGGGCGCGGAGCUCUCUGAAUGUGUUUAGUGUGACGCGGGAGGACUGUGGCACGUACACCUGUGAGGCGGAGAACAGUACGGGCCUGGUGGACUGCCAUGCCCAGCUCACGUUGGAGUCGGAAGUCCCAGAGGUAGCAACAUUGGAGGGGACAGAGGUGGAAUUGGGCAGAAGAAAGCUGCUCUCAGUCUAUGAAGUCCAUGAUGAGAUAGGAAGGGGCACGUUUGGAGUGGUAAAGAAAGUGUCUCACCGGGCGACAGGAGAGCCCUUUGCUGCCAAGUUCUUGCCUCUGAAGAGCAGCACAAGGACCAGGGCCUUUCAGGAGAGGGACUUACUCUCUCGCAUUGCCCACCCCAGAGUGGCCUGCCUCCUGGACUUCUUUGUUACCCGACGCACUCUGGUUCUGGUUACAGAAAUGUGUUCUUCUCAGGGACUUCUUGACCAUUUAUUGAUGAAAGGGUCUGUAAAGGAAACAGAGGUUCAGAUGUUUAUUCAGCAAGUUCUGGAGGGCAUUGCUCAUAUUCACAGUCUAAGCAUCCUGCAUUUGGAUAUUAAAACUGACAACAUCCUGAUGGUAUCUCCAGCCAGAGAGGAGGUGAAGAUCAUUGACUUUGGAUUCUGCCAGGAGAUAGACUCAUCCAGGCACCAGUACAGCAAGUUUGGAACUCCUGAGUUUGUGGCACCAGAAGUUGUCCACCAGGAACCUGUGACAACAGGAACCGACAUUUGGGCUCUGGGUGUUGUGGCUUACUUAUGUCUGACGUGCCAUUGCCCGUUUUUCGGAGAGAACGAUCGGGCGACCCUCAUGAGAGUUGCAGAGGGAACUCUGUUUUGGGACACCCCUGAGGUGACGUGCAGGAGUCCGGAGGCCCAGGAUUUCCUUCGAAAAGUGCUCCACCCAGUUCCAGAAAUGCGACCAUCAGCCUUUGAAUGCUUGUCUCACGAGUGGUUUCUGGGUCAGAGUGCUGAUGAGGAGCCUGGAGACAUAAACACAAAGAACCUGAGAUCUUUCAUCUCCAGGAGGAAGUGGCAGCGCUCGCUCACAUGCCUGGGUUCCGUCCUUACCCUGAGGCCCAUGGUGGACCUGCUGGACGCUCCUCCGGAGGAGGUGUCGGUCACGGCGCCGCGCGAGCCCCAGGAGCCCAGCAGCACCUCCCAGAGCAGCGGCUCCUCCUCCGAGUACGACGAGGCCGACGCCUGGGAGUGUUUCCAGCACUUCAGCCCCGAGGACGAGGACUGGGACGAGGACGAAGACGAGGAGGACGAGGAGGAGUUGGAGGAGGAGGAGCUGGAGGAGGAAGGGGAGUACGACCCCCACGCACAGGUUCCAGAGAGGGGCCGGACGCUGGCGGAGCUGGGCCGAGCCAGGCUGGACGACGAGGAGGAGUUGAUUUUGGAGAGGCGGAGCGGCCAGCGGGGGGCACUGGUGUUCCCCACGGGUAAACCCGGGGAUCAGCCACAGCAGCGCAGCAGCAGCCCGUCGCUGUACCUGUCGGAGGGGGACGAGAGCUCAGUGGGCAGCGAGAGCCGCGCAGCGAUCAUCCCGCGCGGCCGCCUCAUCCGCAGCACCUUCUACAACAGCUCGCAGCAGCUCUCGCCCAUGUCGGCACGGCACAUGCUGCUGCGCGACAAGCAGCACGCCGCGCGCAAGCAGGAGCGCGGCCGCAAGCCUCUCCGCUCCAGCCUGUCGGGGCGCCUCAACGAGCCGCUCAUCGAGUACGUGGAGGACGCGCCCGAGGCGGGCGUAGGAGGCGCCGGGGAAGGGGGCGUGCGCGGUCAGAGGAGGGGCUCGGUGCAUUCGGCCAUGCUCAAGUCCUGCUCGUUCGACAGCGGCGUCAGCCUCACGCACCCGCUCCCGUACCAACGCAGGAGCCGCUCCCUGGACGAGUCCACCAGGAGGUCGCGGGCCUCCGCUGAGCUUCGGGAGCCGGGUGAGGAAGAGGAGGAGGAAGAGGAGGACACGGCGUUCAGCCAUAAGGAUGACUUUACUGACGAGGAGGCGCAUCAGAGUGUAUCACCACAGCCAGUACAGGUCAGCGACGCGAGGAGGAGACAGAGUGUGGUGGCUAAAGUGAAGCCCAGAACGCAAAGGGCGGGUGAGGAGGAGGUUGCGGAGGAGGAUAGCACUGUGGACAGCCAGCCCCAGGCUCCUGAGAGGACACGAGAGGCGUCCAGGCCUCUGGCCGGUGGGGAGAACUUGAGCAGCUCCCAGGCUUCUCUCGCGGAGUCUUACGAACCAGGCUCUGGAGUCUCCAGCAGAACAGGCUCCUUGGACGACUUCUCCCCUGGUCGCCUGGCCGCUCCCAGGAGACGGCUGUCCUCCUCUGGGAUGACCUCACCUUCGUCUUUCCUGCAUGGCUCCGAUGAGGAGGAGGAAGAGCAGGAGGAAGCUCGCAAGCCCCCUACACCCCCGAGCCGGAGAUACGGAUCAAGGCUCAGCCUGCAAGUCGAGAGGGGCGACCUCUCCCUGAAGCGCAGUCCCUCACGACUCUCUGACCAGGUGCCUACGACCAUCCCGGGCAGCGGCGAGGUCCUCCAGAGGCACGCCUCUGCCCCGGCCCUGGAGGUCAAGCCACCCAGCGGCAAGUCCCCUAAGAUCGGCCUCAUGAAGCUGUUCCGUCGGCAGUCCUGGACGGGCCACUCGUCCUCCCAGCCGGAGGGAGUGGACAGGAAGCAGAAGGAAGCGGAGCAGGCCGUGCCCAAAAGCCCCAUGCUCACGCUGAAGAAGAAGAUGAGGGCCUCGGCCUCCAGUCUCACCAAGCUGUUCACCAGACAGUCCAGCAAAGAGGAGAAGAAAGGCGGGCCCAUUUACAAAGGUCCUCCCCCAGUGGCUCCAGAGAAGAAGCAGAAGGCCCACACUCGCUCUGCACCUGCGCUGACCGCCUCCGCCCCAAGCAGCCCUCAGAAGAAAGCCGCCAAGCUCUUAAAGUCCAUUAAAGUGCCCACCUUCAAGAAAAGCAAAGAGGUGGCAGUCCGCCCAGCAAGGCCAGAUGUGCACCAGCUGGCAGGAGGUGGCGUGUUGCUGGUGUGGAGACCUGUCAAGUCCAGCGAGACCUUCACCUACUGCCUACAGUACAGCACUGCAGGUGGCGUUGUGGAGUGGAAGCUGUUGGCAGAGGACGUGACUGACAGCUGCUACACCGUCACCACCUUGCCCAAGGGUCCGGGCUAUGUGUUCAGAGUCGGCUGCGUCACUAAAACAGGAGCCGGACCCUUUAGUGAUCCCACAAUCCUGGCCUUCAUGGUGGUCCAACAUGAAGACUCCCACAUUCCUCUCAUUCAAAAGGAAUCGCUCAGAUCAAAGGUCAUUGUAUCAGGGGCCCAGGGGGCCCACAAGAUUUACUCUUUCCUCUCUGAGAUCAACAGGGGUCGCUUCAGUGUGGUCGCCCAGUGCCGUGAGGAGCAGAGCCAGCAGCACCUGGCGGCCAAGAUCACGCCCUACCGGGCCGAGCAGCGGCAGCUGGUCCUACGGGAGUACCAGCUUCUCAAGAGGCUCAACCACCCACACCUUGUGCAGCUGCAUUCGGCCAUCAUCAGCCCCGACUACCUGGUGCUCCUGGAGGAGCUGUGUGCCGGACGGGAGCUCCUCUACAACCUGGCUGAGAGGGAUGCCUAUGCAGAGAUGGAUGUAAGUGAGUUACUGGUGCAGAUCCUGAGUGCUGUGGACUACCUGCACAGCCGCCGCAUGAUGCACCUAGACCUCAAGUCGGACAAUAUGCUGGUGACGGACGGCAAUGUGGUGAAGAUUGUGGACUUGGGCUCGGCGCAGCUCUACACGCCGGGCCAGGCUGUCAACGUGGAACACCUCAAAGAGCUGACGGAGAGCAAGGUUUACAUUGUCCUUCCCAAAGCUCCUGAAAUCUUGGAAGGCCAAGGAGUUGGACCUGAAACAGAUAUCUGGGCGAUUGGCGUAUUGGCUUUUAUCAUGCUCAGCGCAGACAGCCCGUUUCAUGCCGACCUGAACUGGGAAAGGGAUCGCAACAUCAAGAAGGGCAAGAUCCAGUUUGGCCGCUGCUACCCAGGCCUGUCGGAAGGAGCCAUCAACUUCAUGAAGAGCACGCUCAACAACAAAGCCUGGGGGAGACCCUCGGCUGGGGAGUGCCUCCAGAACCCCUGGAUCCGUGGGGACGCCCGUGCCGCGGCCAGACCCAGAGACUCCAUGGUCUGCUUCUCCACUGACAAACUGCAGGCCUUCCUCCAGGAGCGUGAGGUCAAGCGAGACCAUAUCCGAACCAAGGCUAAGGUCCCGCUUCUGCAGUAGGGGACUUCUGGAGGGAGGGGGCCCUGAACUGUCAACAGGGGAACUGCUUUAAAAUGUGAAAAUGUGAAUCUAUUUGUGAGAUCUUUGAAUGAGAUAUUGUGAGAAAUUUUGUUUUUUAAUGCUGCUGUCAUUCUAACAUGGACUUUCUAGCAUGUUAUGAAGAAGUGCUGUAUAAUUGUGUUUAACAUGAAAAGGGUUUUAGUAGCCUAUGAGACAUUUGUCAACAAUAGUGUGCAAAAAGUCUAAAUUUAAUUUAUGGUAUACAAACAGCAUACUUGUCACUUUAUGAACUGCUAUGUUUAUAGCUAGUAAACAACUUUGUUUUUGUUUACAUGGAAGUGACAUGGAGAGUAACUGAAAAUGUGUGAUUUAAAGAGGCCAUUGGAACAGGGUUUUGUUUAUUUAAAAUGAAUACUUUUAAUAGAUUGACCUUUUUGCAUAGGUUUGUAAAUUCUUUGGUUAGUUUGAACCUAGAAUCUCAGUUUAUCUUACCAUAAGAAAACAGUGUAUUGCAGUUUUUUGUCAAUGUUUUUCAAACACAAGGUUAAUAUUUGAAAUAAGCUUAAUUCUGGCUCAUGUGUAUUUAUACAUUUCCUUUGUGAUAUCAGGGAUACGCUUACAAUAAUAGGACAUCAGUGCAUGGAGGCAAGUCAUUUUUGGCUGUUGCAUUAACUUCUUUUCAGUCUGCUGCCUAUAAGAUUCUGUCUUUGUGGGUUUUGGGAAUGUUCAGAAUGUAUUGUUUAGCUUGCACUGGUUCUGUGCCUUAAAACUGCAAAUAAAGACUUGUUUGACAAUUA